AAAAACUCAUAUUAAUAUGUCUCAAAAUAAAAGUAACAAGCAAAAAUUUAAAGCAUUUUUACUAUUAUCUUUUGUUGAAAGACAGGAAUCAAUAUGUUCUUUAACAUUAAAUAAAACAAACUCUGAUUAUUUUGAAGACUCUGUAAGUUCUAAAGAUACUGGAGGUUCUGUUAGUUCCAAAG